UUGACGACUUGGAGAACGAGCUUGCGAAAAUCGGUCACAUCAGAGAAAUCGUGAAAACCUAUCGUGGCCGAAUAGAGGGUUUAGACCAACGCCUUGACCAAGCCGCACGUCGACGACGAUGAGGUAUUAAUACUCAAUAUAUGCACCUGAUUCCAUCAGCUUACGAUCUGCUACCCUGCGAUUUUACGACUGUCCAUCCAAUCCUUCCCAUUUCCCUUGUGAUCUACUCUUUGAAGAACAUAUUCUUACCGGCCCUGGAGGCGCUUUACUUUCGAAUCCGUGCCUCUACCCAGGCACCUGAUUCGCCCAAUGAAUUUUCCCUAUAUCCACCAAACGAAACUCCUACCCCUCUACAAUAUGAUCACGAACGCACGACCUACACGACCUCCACCAAAUCGACGACAGCCACGACAGAGACACGAAAGGAGAAACAAGCGCUCCCAGCUGAAGAACCGAAAAAAAAAAUAUAUAUACUGUACCUGUCCUCACGGACCGUGAUUUGAUUUGAGAUUACACUUUUAUUAUGAUAUCUACCUGUUUUAAGUUCCCCACGUGCAGAUUGUGUGUUACGCUAUUUCUGUUUUCGUUAUCAAAUACUACCCCUACCCGCGCAAAUAUGGCGAAGUUUUGCUCUUUCAAGAUUGGAUACCUGCCUCGCGGCAAUUUUGGCUAUUGUGGAACAACGUGCAAUGAGAUAAGAGCUCACAGGA